UUAUCCGCUGCUAUGUGGGAUUCCUGGUAAACGCUGGCGUGCGAAAGCCGUCCAUAAACAGAAACGGAAGGGGAGGAGGAAAGAAAAGAGCAGAGAUAGAUUCUCUAGUUUUUUUCUGUCUCCUCCUCCGCCUUCCUCUUCCUCGCCGGAGAAGCCAGGUCAAACCCUAAGGUGAGAGGGUGAUUUCGAUGGUGGCGGGAGGAGCCGACAAUGGGGAAGCGAUCCGGGAAGAAGCCCUUCUCCUUCCUCUCCAGGCGGAUCCGAUCGGCCAAGCGGCUCGAGCUCCAGCCGUUGCCUCCGUCCCCGAUCCCCCCCUCCGCCGCCGCUAACGUUCUCCAGAACAACGCCGGGAGUCCGGCUGCGGAGGCGGCGCCGCUGGCCGCCGCCGCCGCCGCUCAUGGGGCCAAGGGGGCCAAGAAGAAGACCGGGGCCAGGCUGUGGAUGAGGUUCGACCGGGAGGGGCAGUCGGAGAUCCUGGAGUGCGACAAGAACGCGAUCAUCAAGCGCGCCGCCAUCCCCGCCCGUGACCUCAGGAUCCUUGGCCCCGUCUUCUCCCACUCCUCCAACAUCCUCGCCAGGGAAAAAGCAAUGGUUGUCAACCUAGAAUUUAUUAAGGCCAUUGUUACUGCUGAAGAAGUCUUGCUACUGGAUCCUCUGUCUCAGGAAGUUCUUCCUUUUGUGGAUCAAUUAAGGCGACAACUCCCUCUUAAGAGUCCAUUUCGAAUUCAGGAGCCUGACCAUACAGACAAACAAACUAAAGAAAUGUGUUCAAUUGAUGGACAAUGGCUGCAUGUUAAUGAGGCAUCUGAAGGUGAACGUGAGCUUCCAUUUGAGUUUCAGGUAUUGGAGAUUGCAUUGGAAGUAGUCUGUUCAUAUUUGGACUCUAAUGUUGCUGAUCUUGAGAGAGUUGCUUAUCCUGUGCUGGACGAACUAGCCAUGAAUGUUAGCACUAAGAAUCUAGAGCGUGUACGAAGUUUAAAAAGCAAUCUUACUCGUUUGCUUGCACGUGUUCAGAAGGUUAGGGAUGAAAUUGAACAUCUUUUAGAUGACAAUGAAGAUAUGGCACAUCUGUAUUUAACAAGAAAGCAGAUCCAGAAUCAACAAUGUGAAGCUUUGAUGGCUUCUGCAGCUUCAAAUAGUAUUGUUCCUGCAGGACCACACCUUGCAAGACUUAGCUCCAAUAUUCAUGGGAAUGCAAGCAUGGCUGCUAGUAUUUAUUCAGAUGACAAUAAUGUUGAGGAUUUAGAGAUGCUGCUUGAGGCUUAUUUCAUGCAACUGGAUGGCACCCGUAAUAAAAUCUUGUCGGUGCGAGAAUACAUAGAUGACACAGAGGACUAUGUCAACAUCCAGCUUGAUAACCAACGAAAUGAACUCAUCCAGCUCCAGCUGAUAUUGACCACUGCAUCCUUUGCCAUAGCUAUUAACACGCUAAUAGUCGGGAUAUUUGCAAUGAACAUCCCAUGCCAGCUGUAUGAUGCCAAGUACCAGCCCAUCUUUUUUCCCUUUGUUGGAGGGACAUCGACAGGCUGUUUCUUGAUGUUCUUGCUAAUGCUAGGCUAUGCCAGAUGGAAGAAGUUGCUUGGCCCUUGAAUGAACCUUGUUUCAGGCAAUGUGGAUGGCUACAAAUACAGGACCAUCUUCAGUUUAAAUCUUGUGGGGCUGCCAGAAUAACCAAGAGCAUUGAGAAGCAAAUAUGGUCAGCUAUGAGUCUCUCAGUGUGAUCUGCUGCAAGGUGAACAUAGAAAGUACUGGGUCGAAUCGAAGUGAAUAAAUAAUGUUCUUCAGGACUUAAUUUUAUUUUGGGCUUUGUGACGUAUAUAUACAAUAAUGUUUUUUUUCUGCUAUAUUACCAUCUGUUGAAUCAGGUUUUCUUUCUAUCUAUAAUACCAUUAGUGGUUCAGGUUAUGUUUA